UGAUUGCCUUACUUUGAUUGGUUAGCACGCUUCCUUGAUACAAGGUAGCUUCAUCCUCGUCGUUGUGACAUUGCUAGUUAAAUUAAACUGAAAACAUUGCCAUUGAGGAAACAAACUCGAUUGAUUGACAAACCAAUCCCAGAGGGUCAAGUGCACAGAACCAGCACAGCAGAUUACUGCCUAACGUUCAUCUGUGUCAGUGUCAACAGUCUGAGGGCUACCUACCUACAUACCUACCUGUCUGAGGAACAUUAGAGAUUGACUGAGACAACAGUAAGGUUUGACCACAGGGGUCAGAAGGGCUGAAGAUGGCUGGGUUCCUGGACAACUUCCGCAUGCCGGAGUGUGAGUGCAUCGACUGGGGGGAGAGGAGAAAUACCCUUGCAUCCAUCGUUGCCGGAGUCCUGUUCUUCACUGGUUGGUGGAUCAUGAUAGAUGCAGCGGUGUCCUACCCAACCCAGGAGGAGAUGAACCAUGCCUUCCACACGUGUGGAGUCUUCGCCACUAUAGCCUUCUUCAUGAUCAAUGCAGUGUCUAAUGGCCAGGUGCGAGGUGAUGCCUAUGGAGAGGGCUGCUUCGGAAGGACAGGAGCUCGUCUUUGGCUGUUCAUCGGUUUCAUGAUUAUGUUCGGCUCCCUCAUCGCUUCCAUCUGGAUCCUGUUUGGAGGAUAUGUGGUUCCGAAGAAAGACGUGUAUCCAGGACUGGCAGUAUUCUUUCAGAAUGCUUUGAUAUUUUUCAGCACACUGAUCUACAAGUUUGGACGAACUGAGGAUUUGUGGGCUUAGAGCGCUCUGCAUAGUACAUCCCUAACCCCAUCUCCCCAACACACACACACACAUACACUUGCUGGGGUACUACCCUUGUUUUUACCAGAGUCAAGGCCAACCGACUAAUACCACUCAGCUCUCAUCUACAAUGUUCAAUAUGGUAGCAUAUGUAUUACCAUUAUACGCCUACCUAUGGACAUUGGAGUAAUGUACUGUGUUUUUCUCUGCUUAUCUUUCAUGUAGUCUUGAUUAGAGGAAUGAUAAUGUCUUAGAUUGGCAUUCCUUAGAGGUACUCUUCCAUAUCUGGGCCCUGAAGUUCAUCCAUAUUCACAUACUGUACAUUAUAUUUAUACCUUUGACUAAAUUUAAUCCCACACAUUUCCUUCUAAAAUGAUUUCCUUUUAACAUAUUUGUAAUGCGUGACUAUUUAAAUGCAUUAUAUGCAUUAUGUCUAAAUGUCUUUUAAGUGUUAGUCCUACAACAUUCAAAUUUUUUUUGGGGGGGGGAACAAAGUGUUGACAGUGACAUUUCAUCCACAUUAUGUGUAUAUAGUGUCCCAACAAUCUUACAGUGUCGUAACGCUGUAUGUUAGGAGACGGGGGAAAAUUCACACUUUGUCAAAUAUAAUCAUAACAUUUGUUUCAUAUUUAUCCCCCCCCCCCCCAUAUUCCAGAGCACCUCUGACGUAUUAUUGUUUUGCCCUCAAGUGAUUCACCAUCUCCAGAAGAUUGUUUAUUUAUGUAAAUACAUGUAUUGUGUGUGAAUUGAAUGAUAAGCGCUAGAGGCCUUCACGAGUCCAAAAUGUUGGACCUGUUCCGAAAUGGACCUGGGGCUUUUCUACCCGGACCCGAUAUGCAUAAAUACUUUUUUUUUUAUAUAGAGACCCGUUCCGUAUAGACCUGGUCGGAUCUAGACCCGGUCCGAUCCGAGUGAGGGAAGCAGCAGAAAAGGCUACUUUAUUAACUGGAGCUGAUAAAGCGUGAGGGAGAGGAGGUAGAGAGAGGUGCCACUCUAGCAGGGGCCGUGCGUGCUGUGUGUGUGUGGCUACUGUGAGUGACAAGGUGGAGGAGUGAGGGAGAAACAACAGACCGCAACCAACCAAGCCGACUCGCGCUAUAGUAGACUAAUAGCUGCCAUAUCUAGGUUAUUUAUCAUCCAAUAUGAUUACGUAGUACCUGUCUUGACUGCAUCAAACCGGGAGAAACUAGUUAAGCAAGCUAUCUAGCUAGCUAGGCUAAUUGGGGCUGCAUGCGCUUUCUCGUCCUGAACAGUUACAAACGACAACUCCAUUAAGGAUAUUAAGUAGCAGCCUACCUGUUGAUUCUAGGUCGUUGUAGCUAUCCUUCACCUUUUAACUUUUAAUUCCGUCAUUUAAAUUCCAUCUUCCAUUGAUUAGAUAUCUCCUAACUUUUGCCACACGGAUGCUCUAUGACUGUAGUCUAUUGCUGCAUUGAUGACUUAUGAUUGGCCAACAACAAGCUACACACGCCAAUCUCGUGAAUAGCAAGAGCAGCAGCAUAAAUGAUACAAUUUCUCUCUCUCUCUCUCGCUCUCCUGCAGCAGUCGCGUUCGGAUCGGGACGGGUCCCACCGGUCAAGUCACUUAAAAUUACACAUACCCGUGACCAUCAUAUCAGAUCUGAAUAAGACCCGUGACAUUUAGAAUUCUGGAUGGUCCCGGAUCUCGGGUGUCUGGUAUUCGGGUACAGGUGGAUCUGUGAAGACCUCUUAUAAAAGCACAUGUUAUCACUGGAAACAAAGCUUUCUGAUUUAUCUGCUAUAAAUGAUAUUUUAGCAAGCAGUUAUCAUCUAUCACCUUUAUCACAUGCACUGGAUUAUAUCAAAGCGUUUAUGGGAAGCCAUAUAUAUUUUAAGCAAAGCAUUUAUGUGAAAUAUGUCUGCUUCAUACUACGAUCAGUUCCUGUUUUAAAUGGGGUAGCUGUC